AUGUCCAGGUCCUACGAUCGCGCCCUCACCGUCUUCUCUCCGGAUGGCCACUUGUUCCAGGUUGAGUAUGCACUAGAAGCUGUAAAGAAGGGAACAUGUGCCGUCGGAGUUCGUGGAAAAGACGUUGUUGUACUGGGCGUCGAGAAGAAGUCGGUACUUCAGCUGCAAGACCCACGUACCGUGCGCAAAGUCGUUAUGCUUGAUGAUCACAUAUGUCUCGCGUUUGCUGGCCUCAAUGCGGAUGGACGCGUCCUGAUUGACAAGGCACGGAUAGAAUGCCAGAGUCAUCGCUUGACAGUCGAAGAUCCAGUCACCGUGGAGUACAUCACAAGACAUAUUGCUGGUAUACAGCAGAAAUAUACACAAUCUGGUGGUGUGCGGCCAUUUGGUAUCUCAACUCUGAUCGUCGGCUUCGAUCCCCAUGACACCAGGCCACGGCUCUACCAGACCGAACCGGGAGGGAUCUACAGCGCAUGGAAGGCGAAUGCGAUUGGCAGGUCUUCGAAGACGGUCCGGGAAUUCUUGGAAAAGAACCACAGGGACGACAUGACCAGAGAUGAGACCAUCAAGCUCACGAUCAAAAGUUUGCUUGAGGUUGUUCAGACAGGAGCAAAGAACAUUGAGAUCAAUGUCAUGGAGGGCUACAGCAAGGUUACUAGCCUGGAUCUCGCGCAAAUCGAGGAGAUUGUUGCAGAUAUCGAGCGAGAGAAAGAAGCCGGUAUGUUGACUCAUAUAACAGAGGCGGAGAGAAAGCGAUCAAGGUUGGCUGCGACAGCGGCCGGCCAGGCUGCUAUGUCGCAGGCAGUUCCUGGAUUGGACCAGUCUUCAGGACUCUAG